AUGGAGAAAAAGACGGCAAAGCCAGACGUGCUGACAUCACUAAAGAAGGUGGAUGGCUAUCCUGGAGCAAAGAUUUUCCCCUCAACAAGGGACGGGCUGAAAGCUCGCGAGAACUCGGCCUCUCCUUCCUACUUGGAUCGCUCCGAACCUCUAUGGCAGGACUCCAUCUCCAGAAGGACAGUCAAGCUGAUGCACAACAAAGGCGCCAAGGCAGCGGGAUUCAUGGCAGGUGCUAUCAAGCAACAGACCAGCUCCACUCGCUUUCUGGUAUUUAAUUCCAAAACAGCCAAACUCAUCAGUCAUCACCAAGUUAAGUUGGAACAGAAAUUCCCCAAGGAGGGCUGGGUAGAGCAAGAUCCUAGAGAGAUCCUGCGGCUGGUCUGCGAGUGUGUGGAGACAACAUGUGAGAAGCUUGUCCAGCUGAAUGUCGACCUCUCUACCAUCAAAGCCAUCAGGGUGAGCAACCAGAGGGAGACCACUGUGAUCUGGGACAAGUUUACCAGAGAGCCUCUCUACAACACCCUGGUGUGGCUUGAUUUUUGGACCCAGGCAACAGUUGAGCUUCUCAGUGAGAGAAUCCCUGGCAGAAACAACUUUGUCAGAUCCAAGACUGGUCUGCCUCUGAGCACCCAUUGGCUCUUGGAGAAUGUGAGAAAAGUUAAUGCUGUUCAGGAACAAAGAGCCUUUUUUGGGACCAUUGACUCUUGGCUGAUCUGGAAUCUGGCUGGUGGUAUCAAUGCCAGCAGAACCAUGCUUUUCAACAUUCACUCACUAAAAUGGGAUGCAGAGCUGUGUAAGUUUUUUGAUGUUCCUAUGGAUAUACUUCCAGAUGUCCGCAAGUCUUCGGAGAUUUAUGGACUAUUGAAAUCUGGAGCUCUGGAAGGUGUGCCAUUAUCUGGAUGUCUGGGAGACCAAUCUGCUGCUUUGGUGGGACACAUGUGUUUCCAAGAUGGGGAAGCCAAAAACUCCUAUGGAACUGGCUGCUUCUUAUUGUGCAAUACAGGUCCAAAAUGUGUAUUCUCUGACCAUGGUCUUCUUACAACUGUGGCUUACAAGCUGGGCCAAGACAUGCCAGCAUACUAUGCACUGGAAGGAUCUGUUGCCAUUGCUGGGGCUGCUGUUAGCUGGCUUAAAGACAAUCUUGGCAUCAUAAAAACAACAGAAGAAAUUGAAAGACUGGCUGAAGAGGCAGAGACAUCUUAUGGCUGCUACUUUGUUCCAGCAUUCUCGGGUUUAUAUGCACCAUACUGGGAACAAAGCUUAAGAGGUAUUAUUUGUGGGAUUACUCAGUUCACAAAUAAACAACAUAUUGCUUUUGCUGUGUUAGCAGCAGUAUGUUUCCAAACCCGUGAAAUACUAGAUGCCAUGAAUCAAGAUUGUGUAAUGCCACUCACCUAUUUGCAAGCAGAUGGAGCAAUGACCAACAAUAAAAUUCUAAUGCAGCUUCAAGCAGAUAUAUUGUAUAUUCCAGUAGUGAGGCCUUCACUGCCUGAAACAACUGCACUGGAUGCUGCCAUGGCAGCUGGGGCUGCAGAAGGAGUAGAUAUUUGGAAUCUUGAACCUGAACAUCUAUCAGCUCUCCCCACAGAGCAGUUUGAACCCCAGAUAAAUGCAGAAGAAAGUAAAAUUCGGUAUGCCACUUGGAAGAAAGCUGUGCAGAAAUCAAUGGGAUGGGCUACAUCUCAGACCAUUCUAACUCGCUAUCCUAGUAUCUUCUAUAGUAUACCACUGGACUUUUUUAUAGUAUCUAGCAUGGUGCUAUUAAUUGUAACAAGGUACAUCUCAAGAGUUUCAUAA